AGUUUGUCUACCAACCCAAAAAUUCAACUACAGAUGCAAAGGACACUGAUUCUUUAAUAUGUAUUUUAAAGGUUGAUCGCGGCUCUGAAUACCAAUAUGAAAUGAAAUGGAAAAAAGACAGUGAGUAUAUAGCCACUGAAAAGAAUAUUAGAGACGACUUAAAAAAUCCAAGUCACUUUGCUGUCACUAUAGGAAGAAGCAGUAUGAGCAUUACAUACAAUUUAAUGUUCAACAGUGUCUGGAACAGUGACCGAGGAUUCUAUAAAUGUGAUGUAUUCAACAAUAGCAAUCUUGUCUUAGAGUCAAACAAAGUAUUUCUGGAUGUAAUACAAGUCCCAGACGACAGAUAUCCAUUAUGUUCUGUAUCCAAAAAUGUCUACACAGAAGGUGAUGACGUCAUGCUCAACUGCGUCUCUGAGUAUACAGAACCUCCAGUGACAUUACGGUGGACUGAUGGCGAUACACAUGUUGUUCAAAUUGAUGGACAAACCGCGAGACUACAAAAAAGAUUGAUUGCAAAUCCUGAUAUAAAUUCAUAUCAAGCUGUAUGUUUGCUAACAAAUUCGCAAAUUCCUGUUCUCAAAAGAAACUGUACAACACAACCCCUGACAAUAUAUUAUAAGCCAAGAAUUAACAUCCCUCAACCAGGUUUAAUACCGACUGGAAGACAAGCUAUUUUUAUUUGUAAAACUACAGCUAACCCUGCCGUUACCAGUUAUAAAUGGACAACUAUUCCGACACUUGACAACACUCAAUACAAUAUUGAUGAAACUGGGCAAGUAUUUAUGUUAAUCAAUCCAACAUAUAAUCACGAUGGAGUAAUGAUUACAUGUGAAGCUACAAAUCAGAUUGGAACCUCGUCAUAUAAUGUCACGUUAACUAUAGAAACUUUUAAACAUGAUAACAUUAAGGAUACAGAUUCACACAUUAUCGAGGAUCGCAAAAAUGAUAAAUCAUCACGUGAUUAUGACAAUUUUGAUGUUGAAGCUUCUUCAGGAUUAUCUACUGACGUUAUUGUGAUUAUAAUUGUUGCCAGUAUAGUGUUUUCGGUAAUAGUGGUAAUGAUUCCUGUAUAUUAUUACUGUUUAUGUUCAAGAAAUUCCUCAUCAAACCAGACGACAACUAUAUUACAUCAACCUGAAGUAUACUUUGAGCCUCGAGAUCGAAUGACGUUGCCUUUACCUCACACCAGAGAUGUAGCCAUCUGGAGGAGAUCGUUUGGUGUUCAAGCACCAGACGAUAAGGAGGUGGAUGCCAUGUAUUUGGAAAUACAAAGUAACCAUUACAUAUAUGCUAACAACAGUAGAUGUAAUACAAUUAGAUAAAUAUUUACACCACAAAUUAAUAACUCGUUUAAAAUAACUAUUUAAUAAUGUCAUUGGUUCUAUUUCCGAAACGUUAACUGGAUGGUAUUGUUUUGAUAACUAAAUAGGUUAGAUUUAUUCUGUAAUUUCAUGUUUUAUAAGAAAAUAUAUUGUUGUCAUGAUGUAUGAUAGUAUUCUAUUAUAUUUAUAGUUCUUUUAUUAAGUGAUAACAUUAAGUAGUUCUUUAAUGUAGACAUAGAGUUAUUUAAGAAUGAAUAUAUUUAAAGUUAUUGUUUGACGUAUUUAUAUGUAGAUAUUGCUUAUAUCCGUCUACGGAGCUCCUUUGAGAGGUCACGUGGUAUAUUAUUGUAACAAUUUAGAUAUAUAUAUAUAUAUAUAUAUAUAUAUAUAUUAUAUAU